AUGAUUCCUCCAAGCGUGGUGCCAGGAUCGGAUAUUCGAGAUUCGGAACCUGUGAACUUGGCCAACGGUUUUAGUGGAUUUCCAACGACUGCAUUUUGCAUUCCUGAGCGCUAUGUCCCAUAUUUGGACAAGGUUCUUGUGUCGAACGGAAUGAUUAAAGAUAGACUUCAGCGAUUGGCUGCACAUAUUGUUGAGUCUUAUGAGCACCUUGGAAUAACCAAUCUAUCCAUAAUGUGUGUUCUGAAAGGUGGAUUCAAAUUUUUUUCCGACUUGAUCGACGAAUUGCAAAGAAUAAUUUGGUCGAGAAGUGCUCAGUUGUGUAUAGCUGUUGAGUUUAUUCGUGUUAAGAGUUACACAGAUACCGUUUCUGGCACUGUAGGUAUCAGGUCUAUUGAUAAUGCUAUGCCAAUCAAAGACAAGAAUAUUCUUAUUGUUGAUGAUAUUUGUGAUACGGGGAAAACUAUGGUUAAACUGUCUGAUUAUUUAACUGAGGCGGGCGCCAAAUCUGUUAUGACUUGCUGUUUAUUAUUAAAACACACCAAACUCAAUAUUGGAUAUCGACCUGACUUUCUGGGUUUUGAAAUCCCUGACCAGUUUAUUGUGGGCUAUGCGAUCGACUACAACGAAUGUUUCCGGGAUUUAUCACACAUCUGCUCAAUCAACGAGAAAGCCAAGUUGUCUUUCACAUCCCACAGAGAUAUUGAGUUGGGCAAGCUACCAGCUCCUACUCUUUGA